AUGGAUGCAAAUAUUUUUGAAGAAUGGUUUGAAGAAAAUUUGUUGAAAAAAUUGGAGCGACCAUCCAUAAUAGUGUUGGAUAAUGCAUCCUACCACUCCAGAGUAGAAGAGAGAUUUCCUUCAAGCAGCUGGACAAAAGAAGAAAUACAGUUGUGGUUGACAGAAAAGAAAAUUUAUCACAGUGACAUAUUUUUAAAAGUUGAUUUACUUCAAAGGUGUGGAGAGCACAGAGUUCAAAAGAAAUUUGUUACUGACCAAAUGGCUCUUAAAUAUGGCCAUGAAGUUCUUCGAUUUCCGCCCUACCAUUUCCACUAUAAUGCAAUUGAGUUAGUUUGGGGUAUAGCCAAAAAUUUUUAUGAUAAACAUGCGUCCAAAACAACAGAUGACGCUAGCGUUCUUAGUUUAUGGAAAGAAUCGCUAGAGCAAAUAAAAGCAGUACAAUGGCAAAAUUGUAUUAGACAUACGGAAGACAUAAUCGUUAAGUCUUUUCAAAUCGAGCGAGUUAUAGACAAGGUCCGGCCUCUAAUUAUUCGGAUAGACAAUUCAGAUAGUGACGACUCUGAUAGUGAAAUAUCAGACAGUGAAUAG